UCUGGAAUUAAGAAAAUAUAAUGUCGGGACCCCUGACUGUCUGCGUCUGCGACUACUGGAAGCGGCGGCACUACUACAACUGCCCCCCACUGGACCGGGAAGCGGCGGCCCCCGCCGGAGAGCUGCGUCGUCUGCGGCUGGCGAUGAAUGCGAUAAAUGGCCACUAUUGUCUGCGGGAAUUCGUGCAACAGCGGGCAUUGGCUCUCAGGCUCCAGAGCCACCACGGGGUGGAGCUGAUUUGGCUGGAACUCGAGCCACCGGCACGCGAGACCAUCGACUACAAGUGGGCCGAGAUACUGGCCCACACCAUCUGGCAGCACAUAGCGGUGGAGCACCUGAUGUCCUGGCUAUCCACACUCGGCGGUGGCUUCUCGGCCCUGGGCGAGCAGUUCGAGCGAUGCGCCAAGACAGCUGGCAGGAUCUCGCUGCAGCCACUGAAGAUUGGCCUGCGGCUCGGAGACCCCUGCCUGCAGGCACGCUGCAAGCUCUACUACGGCAUAUCGCUGAUCCAGCGCGGACACUUGCGGGCGGCCAAGCACUUGAUCCGGGACCAGUUCGAGUUCGCGCUGGUCCACAGGGAGAAGGACCGGCGACUGGUGCGCAUGUGCCAGGGCAUCUGGAUGCGGCUCGUCUACGAAUACCAACAGCGGCGUCACCGGAUUAAGCAGCCCCAAUCAGAAGCUGAUUAUCAGGCAGAAUAA